AUGAGGACCUUAUUACUUGCACUCUUGUGUAUUGUGAUGAUGACCAUGUUGCAAGUUGGUGCAGUGAAUGAAGAGAAUGAGCAAAGAACAAAGGCAAAACGCUAUCUAAUGAGCGAAACUGUUCUUGGUCGAAAGGGCAUUGGUAGUGACCCAAAUGACCACCGCAUGAGAGGGUCAAAUGCAAAUACCAACGUUGCUGAUUCUAGCAAUAAUAACCAAGCGAAUGAGUAUGAUGUGAACGAUGAUGAUGGUGGUGAUAGAAAUGAUAGUUAUCAUAAGUAUGGGAAUGGCUUAGGAGGACCAACACCAACCCUCAAUAGCCACCACUAUUUUGAUGUUCGUAGGCCACCCAUACAUGGCUAG